GCGAUUCCCGAGGCCGUCUCCAAUCUCCAGUCUUGAUGCAAGCGAGAGCUACGUUCUCUGCGUUAUCAAGCCGUUACAUUCAAAAUCUCAAUUACGCAAAAGCCCAAAUGGGAACAAAAAGUAUCGAAUGCUGAACCUGGGGCCACACAAGAGCUGUUUCCCUCUUGGACGGCAGCUGCGGGGUACAGGUUGAAUCAACUGCUAUCUCCAAUUGAGCGAUAACGAUGGAUGGCCGGAAGAAGAAGAGAAAGGUCCUCUUGAUGGGGAAGAGUGGCUCGGGGAAAUCGUCUAUGCGGUCAAUUAUAUUCAGCAACUAUGUUGCCAAAGACGUACGGCGCCUUGGGGCGACGAUUGACGUUGAGCAUAGCCAUGUCAAGUUUAUGGGGAAUCUGACUCUGAAUCUCUGGGACUGUGGAGGACAAGAUGCCUUCAUGGAGACCUAUCUCGCCUCGCAGCGUGGGAACAUAUUCUCCGACGUUGCGGUCCUAAUUUACGUCUUUGAUAUCGAGUCACGGGAAGUUGAGCGUGACCUAGACACAUACAGCGCUAUCAUCAGUGCGCUCAAAGAGUACAGCCCGCACGGUUAUGUCUUUUGUCUCGUUCAUAAGCUCGACUUGAUUCAAGCCGAGCAUCGUCAACGGAUCUAUGAGGAACGCUCUGCCCUCAUCCGCAGUCGCACAGAGCACUUCGAUAUCGACACCUUUGGAAGCAGUAUAUGGGACCAAUCUCUAUACAAGGCAUGGGCAGGAAUUGUACACAAGCUCAUCCCGAACCUCACAGUGAUCGAGCGAUUUCUGCAAGCCUUUGCCAAACGAAUCGACGCCGAGGAAGUAAUCCUAUUCGAGCGCUCAACUUUCCUCACGGUGACCUCUGUCUCGUCUGAGAUCGGCGACCUGAACCCAAUCUACGACCGCCAUGAACGUCUGUCCAACAUCAUGAAAGCGUUCAAACACUGCGCUGCCCGCAACACCCACACAACGCCCGCAUCCGCCGGCUUCGUCGUCAUGCACACCAAAACCCCGCAGUUUAACGUCUUCCUCGGCCGCUUCACAGACAACACCUACAUUUUCAUAGUUGUGCCUCCAGGCGAGGCUGCCUACAACUGCGCUGUGCUAAACACCAUGCUCGCCAGAGAGGGCUUCUCCAAAGCCGCAGGUGCAGCCCAUGGGGACGGCUUUCCGCUCCCCACACCGGAAACCCCAGACGGCGAGGCCGAUAUUAACUAACUGACCCUUCAGCAAACAGCUCAAGGCCACUGAUGAUGCCCCCUAGCCGCACUACCACCAUGCAUCCAUUUGCCCGUAUCACCGGGAACACUCUCCUUCCUCUCAUGAGCCUCAGCACUCGACUUUAAAUAAGCCAAGCCCCCGUUUUGAGAUACCCAAGUUCGCCUUCAGAUUCAGUAUAUGUACAGUGGGCACUUGUAUCGUUAUUGCCAUAUUAAAACAAUUAAGCCAAAAUAAAAUAAAUACUAUAAAAACGGGAACAGGUUACAAUAUAUAAGUCCUCUUAGUCCCGUAAUUGGAACGUUUCGCGUGAGAUGGUGACAGUAUCCUUAGGUUAUUUGACCCCCCGUAUAUCCACUAUAUAUCCCAUAUCUCACAUUUUCAGUGAAUUACCGUUAGAUGUUGAAAUUUUAG